AUGGCCUUUUCAGGACCCAGCCGCGCCGCUGCCUGGACGCUAUCACUCCCUUCAUCCAGUCAGCCCGUUGAUCACGUUAUUCUUCCAGAUGACGGAAGCAAGGGAAGCUCAGAGUCCAUCAUGGGAGAAGACCUGCGCCAACUGGUUGACUCCCGUGAUAUCCAAGAAGGCGGAAAAUAUCGCUCCAUUGUGAAGAUUCAGUCCCGAUUCCAAGACCGAGGACGUCAAACUUGGAUGAUGGGAACCGGGUGGCUUAUUCGUCCAGACCUUCUUGUUACCGCUGGCCAUGUUAUCUAUGACUGGGGACGCAGACUUGGCCCAGCUGAUCAGAUCAAGUGCUACAUUGGCUACAAUGGUAAAGAGUCUGUCAGGUCACCUCAAGUUCAGGCGCGAUACGGCGCCAAGGUUGUGACACCUGCUGGGUGGAUUGAAGCUUCGAGCAACCGCCAACAGGAUGUUGCUUUUAUUCAACUUGACAGGCCAUUCACGGGCAACCUACGACUCUUCAGUUACCUCAAUACCCCACAGACAGGCAAUGGCAUAUACCUGGGCAUCGUCGGAUAUCCCGGCGAUCGGAUGUUGCAGGAUGAACAAGGAGCUCAGAUGUAUGAAGAGUUUGCUAGGAGUGACUAUAACAUUGGAGAAAGUCCUCACCAUAUGGUCGAAUAUUCUAUCUCAACUUUCGCAGGACAAGCUGGCGCCCCACUCUUGCGCAACUCCGAUGGGCGACUCACUGUAAUUGGAACUCAUAGUUAUGGUGGCGGUGGUUUUGACAGCAACUCAGGGACUACGAUUGGAAACGCUCAAGGUAACAAUUACAACGAUUUGAUCGGUUUGUUUGACAAGAGGACGAAUUUUGGCGAGGUUGGCAAGGUCCAAGUCGUCCAAGCUCAAACUCAAGACCGAGCAACAAGCAUCAAUGAGCCUCACGGUCUCAAUAGAGGCCGCCCCGGCAUAGCGGUUGAAACCCCAAGAUUCGAUGAAGAAAGCUUCUUUGACACCCUGAAAAGUGUAGCCAAUGUGGGAAGAAAUGGCUUCACUUUUCCUUCUACUUUCCUCGGUCCUAUCGGUGGUCCUCUUAGUGCAGUAGUCGGAACUCUGCUUGGAUCACUCACAGAGAGCACGCUAUCUCAGAGCACUGAAAUUAUAGCAAAUGGUCCCGCCGAACGUGCGGUGCUCGCUGAGGCUGCUUUACAAGCAAUCCUUGCGUCAGAGCACGAUGAGCAUGUGGUAGAGGUGAUCAACAAGAUGGGUCAAUUUUGGAAAGCUGGUGCACCGAAGGCCGAAAUACUCGCUCCUGCUAUCACUCCAAUCUUGGGUCAAUGCAGUGUGGAACUUUCAGACCAACUUGGUCCAGACUCCAAGAGACCAAACUUCCGUGACCGUCGUCGCUUGGAGGUCGACAUCACAGAGAGUGCUGCAAUGGACGGAGGAGCUGCCUUUAUCCAAGGUAUACUGGGUCCAACUCGACAACUUGAGGGAGGGAGAGAUGUUUCCGAAUGGCUCGGCCCCAUGCUCGUCACUGCGGUCACUGAGUCCAAGCCUCUUACGUCGAAGCCCGCCUCUGCGGCUCUCUCAAGCUUACUUGACCGGGAGGGGCUGUCCAUCGAGGCAUCCACCUCUAGCGCAAACGAGGAUGCGACCAGGAUCUUGAUCAAACGUGCUGUCUUAGCAGAUGCGGCUCUUCAAGCCAUAAUGUCCCUCCCCCGCGAAAAGCUAGACCGGUUCAGGCCUGUCAGCGGAGAUGGCGACGACGCAAGUCUCUUCGAUGUUAUAAAGGAUGUGGUUCAAAAGUUUGGACCAAUUGCACUCGACCUUGCGAAGAAGGCCGCUAUUAAGUUUGGACCUCGUCUCAUCAGCGGUGCCAGUUCGGAUCGUCCAGGUCCUGACACUGAAGGCCACCGUCUUCCGCAGCGGAUGAAGAAGCCGUCAUUGAUGGAUUAUCUCAACGGUGAGCACAGGGCGAGCCCGUUUUGA